GCGUUCGAAGCCGCGCCAUGCUUGCCCUCGGAAAGAGCCUGACUAAGGCUCUGGCCGCUCGGACCCUGGCGCCUCAGGUGUGUUCAUCUUUUGCUACAGGCCCCAGGCAAUACGAUGGAACAUUCUAUGAGUUUCGUACUUAUUGUGUUAAACCUUCAAAGAUGAAUGAGUUUCUGGAAAAUGUUAAGAAAAACAUACAUCUUCAGACAGCUCACUCUGAAUUGGUUGGAUUCUGGAGUGUAGAAUUUGGAGGCAGGAUCGAUAAAGUGUUUCAUAUUUGGAAGUAUGACAAUUUUGCUCAUCAAACUGAAGUUCGGAAAGCCUUGGCCAAUGAUAAGGAAUGGCGAGAACAAUUACUCAUUCCAAUUAUGGGUCUUACUGAUAAACAAGAGAGUGAAAUUACUUAUCUGGUGCCAUGGUGCAAAUUAGAAAAACCACCCAAAGAAGGAGUCUACGAGCUGGUAACUUUUCAGAUGAAACCUGGUGGGCCAGCUCUGUGGGGUGACGCAUUUAAAAGAGCAAUUAAUGCCCAUGUCGAUCUAGGCUACUCAAAACUAAUUGGAGUUUUCCAUACAGAAUAUGGAGCACUCAACAGAGUUCAUGUUCUUUGGUGGAACGAGAGUGCGGAUAGCCGAGCAGCUGGGAGACACCAGUCUCAUGAGGAUCCCAGAGUUGUGGCAGCUGUUCGGGAAAGUGUCAAUUACCUAGUGUCUCAGCAAAAUAUGCUUCUGAUUCCUACGUCAUAUUCACCAUUGAAAUAGUUUUCCACGGAAAUACAAAGCAUUGCAUGAACUGCCAUAAGAUGUGUCUGUUAAUGGUGCUUAAGUUCUUCCAAGAGAUUCUCACUUUGAUUUGAAGGAGGUGGUAAGCUAAUUUGCUAUAUCCCUUGCAUU